CUCAGGCCAAGUGUGUGCGGCUCCGGGUGGCAGGCGCGAGCGGGGGUCUCGGGUGGAUGUGAAGACCAGUCAGCAAUACAGUGGCGAGAUAGCAGCCCUGGAGCCUCUCAGUGUUGACACGCAGUGAAGAGGGACAUGGCUGGAGCCUGCUCAUAGGGUUUUGUACUGGGAUCAAAAGUUGAGGAAUUGCAGCAGUCCAGUUUCUGUGGGUCUCACACCGUUCAGCCCGACCUCAUCCACAGAGCAGGUCAAAGAGCCCUGGGAGGUGGAGAGAGAAGCAGCAGUAGCAAAGGAUCUGGGCAGGAAGAAGGGCAAGAAGGUCCAGUCAUUGUUCCUGAAACAGAAACUCAGAGCAGAGCAACAGGAAGAAAUGGCCACUUCUUCAGUAAGAGCAUCCCAGGCUCUGCUCACGUUUGGGGAUGUGGUUCUAGAUUUCUCCCAGGAGGAGUGGGAAUGCCUGGACUCUGCUCAGAGGGCUCUGUACAUUGACGUGAUGUUGGAGAAUUACAUCAACUUCGUCUCUGUGGAGAACCAUCACACGUGCGGUAAAAAGGAGAAGGUCUCAGAUCAAGACCCAAAGCAUAUUGUCCACCAGCAUGUGAACGUCCAAGAGAAGUUUUACAGAUAUAAGGAGCAUGGCGAAAUGAUUUGUGAAUCCUCCCAGUGUACGUCUUAUAACACAGGUGACACUGCAGAAAACUGCAGCAAGGACACAUGUGGUAACCACCGGGAUGCCAUUGAGUCCUCAACCCUAAACAGACCAAGAAGUGUGCACACUGGAGAAGAGCUGCUCAAAUAUAAGGACUGUGGCACGUAUGUAAGUUUAUGUUCCAACAUUAGUCUGAAUCAGAGUUUCCACACUAUAAAGGUAGAGCACAAGUGUACAGAAAGUGACAGACUUUUGGGCUGUACACACAGACUUGUGCAGCAAAGAAUCCAUAGUGGAGAGGGAGCACACAAUUGUGGGAAGUGCUUCAAGAGCUGCUCAAGCCUCAGGACACAUCGUAGGCUUCAUGCUGGAGAGAAACCGUGGAAAUGUAAAGAAUGUCCUAAGUCCUUUAGGUGGUUUUCCCACCUUAAAGCCCACUGCAGAAUCCACACUGGAGAGAAACCUUACAAAUGCAGUGAAUGUGAUAAGGGCUUCUCUCAGUUAUCUAGACUUAAGAGCCAUUAUAAAACCCACACUGGAGAGAAACCUCACAAAUGUGAGCAAUGUGGUAAGUGCUUUUCUCGGCUGUCAAGACUUAAAAGCCAUUACAGAAUCCACACAGGAGAGAAACCUUUCAAAUGUAAGGAAUGUGGCAAAGCUUUUACCCACUGCACAGGUCUGAGUACACAUCAGAAAAUUCAUACCAGGGAGAAACCCCACAAAUGCCAGGACUGCGGUAAAGGCUUUUAUCUGUUGUCAACACUUAAAGAACAUUACAGAGUCCACACUGGAGAGAAGCCUUAUAAGUGCAAAGAAUGUGCUGAGUCCUUUCACUGGCUGUCAGGCCUUAAAAGCCACUACAGAAUCCACACUGGAGAGACCCCUUACAGAUGUGGAGAAUGCGACAAAUCAUUUUCUCAGUUAUCAAGACUUAAAAGCCACCAGAGGACCCAUACCGGAGAAAAAUCCUGCCAAUGCGUGGAAUGUGACAAAUAUUUUACCUGCUGCUCAGCGUUUAAAAGACAUCAGAAAAUUCAUACCGAUGAAAAGCCCUACAAAUGUGAAGAGUGCAGCAAAUGCUUUUAUGUGUUGUCACACCUUAAGAGCCACUGCAGAACCCACACUGGAGAGAAACCUCACAAAUGUGAGCAAUGUGGAAAGAGCUUUUCUCAGCUGUCAAAACUUAAAAACCAUUACAGAAUCCACACAGGAGAGAAACCUUACAAGUGUAAGGAAUGUGACAAAUCCUUUGCCCAUUGUACAGCUCUUAGUACACACCAGAAAAUUCACACUGGAGAGAAACCCUACUCAUGCAAGGACUGUGGUAAAUGCUUUUAUCUGUUGUCAAGACUUAAAGAACAUUACAGAGUCCACACUGGAGAGAAACCUUACAGUUGUAAAGACUGUGGUAAGUUCUUUCAUUGGCUGUCAAACCUUAAAAGACAUUCCAGGAUCCACACUGGAGAGACGCCUUACAGUUGUGGAGAAUGCGACAGAUCGUUUACCCACUGCUCCAGUCUUAAAGCUCAUCAGAAAAUUCAUGCUGGGGUGAAACCCUAUAAAUGUGAAGAGUGUGGCAAGUCCUUCUAUUGGCUGUCAAACCUUAAAACCCAUUGCAGAACUCACACGGGAGAGAAACCUUACAGAUGUGGUGAAUGUGGCAAAUCAUUUACCCAGCGUUCUCUUCUCACAAAGCACAGCAGGGUCCAUACUGGAGAGAAACAUGAACGUAAGAAAGGUGUGAGAGCUUUGAAUGAAUGAUUAAAUCAUCGAGAAUACCAGGAGUUUAAAGUAAUUCAUAAGGGCCACGUGUAGUCAGAAAGCUCAUACCAGAAAGAAAUUACAUGACUGUUCACUGUUGUGAAAUCCUCAGGUCGUAUACAUUAAACAUUCUACAUUAGAGAGCCCAAGAAAUGAAUUGACUUUUUCCAACACCUUUACCUCGUGUUAAAAGUGUAGAUACAACGGAAAACUCAUCCUGAAGGAAAACCCAAGAAACUGCUUUAAUAAUGACUCAUCUUUUAUUCACCUUCAAAAUGGUCAUUCUGGAGCGAACCCCUACAAGUAGCAAGAGAAGGAGACGCGUUGAAGAGAUAACCUGUGGAUGUGACAGAUGCACAAACACAGCCAGGAAAUCCCAAAGAGAGUGCGGGAAAAUCCAGCACCCAGGAAAGCUGGAGAAGUGUUCAGUCCAACGGAAAAGCACAGUGAUUCAUUCAUACAGAAACACUAAGACGCAAUAGACAUUAGACAAACCAGGGUGUUGCAGAGAGGAAACCAAGUGAGUAAGUGAAUUUGUCGCGCAUUUGAGGGGAGAAGGAUAUUUCUGUUUGAGUAAAUAUGAAAUUAUUCUUACUAACAUUUUUGGUAAUACUAGUAUUGGAAUUUGCUAAAAUGUAAACACGGUAGGUUUUUUUGCUUUUAUUUUUUUCUUUUACGCUCAGAUACAUCUGUGCUGUCUUGCUUACAGAAGAUUUUUUAUGAUGUGUAUCAAUUGUUGGUGCCUUUAGCACUGAUGAAUCUGAGGCAGGAGUGAUGAAGUUAGUUAGUAACUGGCCACUAGCCAUUUGGCAAUGCCAACCAUCUAGAUAGACUUCUUAUGGCAAAUUUAGAUUCUCCUGGGUCAGAGCUCCUCUUCAGACCGAUGGUGCACAGACCAAGGCCCCUCCGCUUGAUGACCUCUUGGAAUACACUAGCCCGUGACAGUGUUCUGGUGCCGGGGAGAAUGCUGCCAUUGUGUGCUCACGAAGACCACUCUUUUUUUCACCACUUUUUCCACAUUGUUUUCUUCAUUGGUUCACUAUUUAAGGUACAGCAGUUGCCACCAGAGCAGCAUUCUGUCUUGAACCCCCCUGGCUCCAGGAAGUUUUCUUCCCCAUCAUUUGGAACACAUGGUGGCUGAGUGUUUGUUCCGCUCUGCUGGAGUUGUUUUCCUUGUGUGGGCAGGAUUCUGAAAGCCUAGCAGCUUACAGGUGCAGCCAUUAGAGCCUGCUGCCUGCUGUUCCUAGGAAUCUACUGUCUGUCAGCAAGACAUCAUUAAUAUCAUUUGUUCCAUGAAGAAUCAGUGGCCUAAGCAAGCGUUGUUACUGUAACACAAGUGGAUAUGAGCUUUAUUUUGCAGAAGGAAGAACACACUUACAUUUGAGGUAAAUAUGCUGAACACCAGGAAGAGAAAGGGGCUGUCAUAACCUUCAGCAUACAAAGGCAGGGGAAUCUCAAAAAUAUAUUUUACAAAUCUCUCUCUCAAAAAAAAAAAGGCAAAUCCAUGGAACUGAUUUCUAUCUGGGUGUCCUCAAUGAAAUUUAUGUUGAAAAAUAGAGAUAUCAGAGGAAAAUAAAAUCUAAUCUUAGAUAAUGUCUAGAUAGUUGUAUUGAACAAUGCACACUAUGAAACUCACACCUUUGCUUUCUUUGAAAAUGGCGAAUAAUAUCUAUAGGUUUCCCUAUCUUAGUAAAGUAGCAUUUCUCCUGUUGUAAAAUACACUUUCUGAAAAACCACUUGUGUUUUUGAAAUGUUCCACAACUCUGUGUAAGGUGAUUUUUUAAUAUAAAUAAAACAUCUGUAUUUAAUGUUUUUA